AAUGAGCGGCUAUCUCAGGCGCUUGCGCGCGGGUGGCGGCGGGCCGCCCGCGGGCUCAGUUAGAGGAUGGCCGCGGCGGCGGCGGGUGGAGCCCCGGGCCCGUCCCCCGGCCCCGGCCCCGGCCCCGGCUCCGGCCCAGGUCAUGCAGCCAGGGCCCCGCCGCAGGCGCUGCGGAGACGCGGGGACUCGCGGCGCCGACAGGCCGCGCUCUUCUUCCUCAACAACAUCUCCCUGGACGGGCGGCCCCCAAACCUGGGCCCGGUCGGCGAGAAGCCACCGCCACCGCCGCCGCCGCCCGUCGAGGCCCGCGAGCCGCCGGCGCCGCCGCCGCCCCUGGGGCCCGAGACCGCGCCCCCCGCCCCGCCCGGCCCUCCCGGAACCGGGAGCAGGGCCUCGGCGUCCCAGGGCCUGCUCAGCCCCGCGCCCGCCGGCCUUGGCCUGGACCCGCAGCGCCACAGGAGGCGGGUCGCCUCCCAGCGCUGUUCCCUUGAGUUCCUGGACGACACAGUGGGGUGUCCCUCAGUUCCAAGAACCAAGCACAUGCCCGGCUCCCCCAGACACAAGGGCCUGAAGAAGACCCACUUCAUCAAGAACAUGCGGCAGUACGACACCAGGAACAGCAGGAUCGUGCUGAUCUGUGCCAAGCGCUCCCUGUGCGCAGCCUUCUCCGUCCUGCCCUAUGGAGACGGCCUUCGGGUCAGUGACCUGAGGGUGGACAGCCAGAAGCAAAGGCACCCAUCUGGCGGCGUGUCUGUCUCUUCCGAGAUGGUGUUUGAGCUGGAAGGUGUGGAGCUGGGAGCAGAUGGAAAGGUCGUGUCUUACGCCAAGUUCCUGUACCCCACCAACGCCCUAGUCGCGCAGAAGACAGACGGCCACGGCCCACCGCCGCAGCCCCGGCCCAGCGUGCCCCGGGCGCUGCCAGCGUCCAGAUAUAAACCUGCCGCUGCCAAGCCAGCACCCGCUGGCACGGAGCUAGGGAGUGACGCGGGGGACGCCCUCGAGUACAACCCCAACCUGCUGGACGACCCGCAGUGGCCCUGCGGGAAGCACAAGCGGGUCCUCAUCUUCGCGUCCUACAUGACGACAGUGAUUGAGUAUGUGAAGCCCUCCGACCUCAAGAAGGACAUGAACGAGACUUUCCGGGAGAAGUUCCCACACGUCAGACUGACGCUGAGCAAAAUCAGGAGUUUGAAACGGGAGAUGCGGAGCCUCUCUGAAGAGUGCAGCCUGGAGCCCGUGACCGUGUCCAUGGCCUACGUGUACUUUGAGAAGCUGGUCCUGCAAGGCAAGCUCAACAAGCAGAACCGCAAGCUGUGCGCGGGCGCAUGCGUGCUGCUGGCCGCCAAGAUCAGCAGCGACCUCCGCAAGAACGAAGUGAAGCAGCUCAUCGAUAAGUUAGAAGAAAGGUUUCGGUUCAACAGACGGGACCUAAUCGGGUUCGAGUUCACGGUGCUCGUGGCCUUGGAACUUGCUCUCUAUCUCCCCGAGAACCAGGUGUUACCUCAUUACAGACGCCUCACACAGCAGUUCUAGGGUAGGAUGCUGCAGAGACCACCCCUGGCGCCCACCCCACCCAGCGCACCCACACUGUGGGGCCCAGGGGCUGUGCCCAGGCCGGGAAGUGCACCCUGGUCCCGCUGCCUCCCGGCAAGGGCGCCCCAGCUCAGCCUUCGCACGCUUGCUUUCCUGGGGGCGUGGCUCUCGUUCUCAAGUGCAGGGCAGCGCAAGGAGGUGGCAUUUCUGAGUGUCCCUAUGCCCUUAUGUGGACAGAACGUGGGACAUGGGAUUCCUCCCGGGCCUCAGGCUGCUCCUGCACCAGGACCUCAGAUUUAACGUCACGGCCUCUGUCCCCAUCAGCCUCACCUUCCACACGGGCCCCCUGCACUGGCCGGGCCACACAGCCUGGGUGGCCUGGUGCUGGACACACUGAGAUCGCUGCAGCCACACAAUCAAGCAUUAAUCCCAUUUGGGGUCCUGGGUGAGAACAGUGCUGUGGACACGACCCCACCCUAUGGCCUGGCUCCAGGCCAGCCCCUGCCCCCACGCAGAGCCUCGGGGUCAGGUCAAGCCAGCAAGAGCAGACUCUUGUUCCUCUUGACCAGCUGCACUCCUGGACCUCUGCUCUCCCACACAUCAGGUCAUGGCGGAGUCCUGGCGCCCAAGUGUCACGCACCCCAACAAGCCCUGGCACGUGUCCACCUCACACAGACACUGCCCUUCACCUCCCACCAGGAAAGCGCCACUGGCCUGUGACACUGGACCUUCAGAUGACCAACUGCAUGGCUGACUCCUGAUCUUACUAAGCAAAUACUGUGACAGAAAAGCAGCCUAUUCGUCAUCACGCAGGAUCCUGCCUGUGGGGAGGGACUUUUUCUGGAAGGAACAGAGGCUGCUCAAACAAGGUGUGCGAGGCGUCCUGAAACCACACUUGACCCUCACGCGGGGAGAACACUAACCCUUCAGUCCUCACCUGCAGCACUGCCUCCUGCCCCCCAGGCCAACUCUCACUCCACAGGCUCCAGUGGGAGGUGCCUGUCACUCCCAAGCUGAUCUGGGCCACACCAGCAUGACCACAUUCAGCUUUGCAGGCCUGUAUCGUCCUUGCAUGAGCUGUGACAUCAUCCCCAGCUCACUACCCAGCCCACAACACUAAGAACCAAGAACUGGCGAGUCAGCCUGUCUGGGAAACUGCCCGUGCCAUCCAGCUGCUUGUCAGUGUGCCACAAACCUGUCACUGGGGGGCUCUGGGCCGGCCCCUACCCCGCACGCUUGCCAGUGCUCUCACAGAAAAGCCCACUGUGCUCAUCACAACACCCAGCCACCAGCAACUCAGCCUGGACCCCCGCAGGGGGCACUGCCCACCACCCGCCCCCUGCAGGCCUGUUCCUUCUCUCACUCCUGGGAAAGGAAUGGAGGACCAAGUCUGCAUCUGCUGCCCGACCUGCCUCAGUCCACCUCCACCCAUCCUGGACCCAAACUGAAGCAGAAGGAAGGUGGCGGCUGCUAGGCCUCAGGACAGCAGCCUGUCCGGCCCCCGUAGCAUCUCAAGGACAUGUCUGUGUUAUAAGUACUGUCACCCUGGAAGUCCUGGUUUACAACUCAGCCUCAAGGGACCCACCAUCCGGUGAUUCCUGUACAGCUGUAGAACCGCUGACAAAUGCCGUAACUUAAGUUUGCUUAUUUAUGUCGUAAGAUCCAGUUGUUUGUCAAUCUUGUCUAUGACUUCCCCACUCGUGUUUGUAAUGCUGAGCUGCCACUGUGUGGCGCUCAGGAAUCCCUGCAGCAAAGCCAAGAUUUCAGCCAAACCUCAGCCUGAACCCAGUCCCCUAGAACCAGCCCGGACUCCGAGGGAUGUUGAGGGCCAGGUGCCCCUCUGUGGGCCCAGUAGCAGUUGUGGAUUUUCAGUGGACGUUAAGCAACUAUCUGACCUCAAUACUGAGUCACGUCACAGUUGUUUGUGUUUGUGCUCUCAAGUAAAACGUGGUUUCACAGCA